CCAUGCCUUUUCUCUCAACCAAAACUCAUCUAGAGAAAUUAGUAUUGUGUUCAUUGCAGAUUUCACAUCUUCGUGGGUCAUUCGUGAGUUGACUCUUGUGAGUGCUUCCAAUCUAGAGUUUCGUUUUACACUUAACGUGACUCUGCCUCACCAUUUGCUCCCACUGUGUGCAGACGGUGUUCCAGACCCAAGCUGGGAAAAUUCUUUCUGGAAGGUUACUGUGAUGUGUGUCAGGGGAAGUUGCAAGAAUUACACAGAUUCCUUUAGCUCCCCUGAUAGAGGAAAAGGAAGAGGGUGUCUGACUGUCACAGCACCCCAGAACAGAAGCCAGAAUGCAUCCAAGAGGGGUCGUGCACCGUACAGCCACUCUCAGAAGAAGCACAAGUGCUCGGUGCACUACAGUGUAAAGCAAAAAUCCUCAAGCAGCACAGCAAGCAGUGUUGCCACAUUGUGUGAUGCAAGUGAACAGCAAACCUCAGAUAUGCCCUCUGCUACCCCAAAGGACUCUGAUUGUAAUGAGAUCCUGAACCUUAAUUCUACAGAAUCCAGAGAUACGGAUAAUGAAAGGCACUUAUCCAGCCCAGACAGCAAUCUGGGCAAAGAGGAACCUGCAAAGCAAGAUCCUCACCUCCAACAAAGGACUGCUAAUGAAAGCCCUUUGAAGGAAAAGCCUGUUCUAUGUAUGUUUCCUGUGGAAACAAAUUUGAAAACAUCAGAGAGUCUAUCUGAGCCCAAACUGCAGCCGGACUUCUGUGAUCUUCCUGUGCCUAGUAAAAUGUCUGUAAGUCACCUGUCAAAGAAUCUGUCAAAUCCACAGAUGGAAUCUCAGACUGUUUCUAAGAAGAAUGAGGGGAACAGGCAGCAGACACCCCCUACCUCACACAGAGAGGUCUUGGAAUCUACAAGAAAACAAGCAGCAAAAGAUGCUUCUAAUGAGGAGAUUUCCCGUAGCACUUCCAGGGAGGAGAAACUUUGUGGGCGAAAUGAUGCACUUGCAGCAAUUAAGCACGAAGAGCCACUUAGGGAAAAAAGCCCCAUCGACGAGAGGGAUGGGAUUUUCCAAAAUGAAAAUUGGAAUAAAAACAGAUCUUCUGCCAGAAAAAAAGAAAAAGAGAAACAGCUUUUUUCCUGCAAGGUGCCUCCUUCACCCACUCCUUUCAAACGGAUAAGCUUUUGUUUCCUUGAUUUUUAUUGCAUGACAACUUGGCCUCACUCGUCUUGUGACUUUUUACAUUUAGUCGUGGCCUUGCUUGAAUAUAAUCUAUUGCUUGUUUUGUCACCCUCCCAUCCUACGUUUUUCAGAUGAUGAAAGUCCUGUUUAUUGUGGGAAAAGGUCUAAUAACUGAAUCCGAAUAUAAAAUAUUACGUAAUUAAAGCAAAUGUUAUUGUAAUCACCUUUUUAAUGUGUUUUCCUCAAGCCAAGACUCCAUUUGCCACAGUGUCAUGCACGUUCUGCGAGUUUCUUCUUUUACAUUCUGUAUGCUGUAGUUUCACACAUUUGGCACUGUUUCUAGUUCCUUCUGAUUUGGUAAAGGUAAUGUUUCUGAUGCCUGCCCAUACACAUACAGACAAUAUUGUUUUUUUUAUUAUUAUUGGCGUAUGUAUGGCAUGCUGAAGAUCCAUACCGAUAUCUGCUAAUACACCCUAUGUAUGAUGCAUUGUCUAUUAGGAAGUGAGAGAAGUAGGAUGCUGUCCUGAUUUGUUUAGGCUUUUAUCCUGAAUGAAUGCAGCAACAGAAAGAUGGCUAUCCACUCGGCAGGGUUGCACCAUGUAUAGCAUAUAACAUAGGUUAAGCGUCAGUUAGCACCAGAACAGAGUUUUUGGGCUGGUGCCCACACAACAUAGUCUGUCUGCAUUUUUCUACUUACACUUAUUUUCUCACUCUUGCUUGUGGCAAUUUUUACAAGUUGGCUGAAUAGUAGUCAAAAUAAUUUCUUAUUACAUCACAAAAAGCAUAAGGCGAAGUGCAUGGGUAGAAAGGAAGCACCGAUGACAGAAUGAUAUAUGAUUGGUGCCACUAAGUUGUCUGAUGUAUCCAUUAUGAAUGGCUGGCAGUAGUGCAGCCCAGUUGGGUUUAAGUGUGCAACUGUGCCAGUCUGAGAACAGGGAGGCUGGACGUCCUGUGCAGAGCCGCAAUGGUUUCUUAUAAAGAAGUGCUGUAUUUCUCUGACAUGCCAGUGAAUUCAUGUAUACAUUAAAGUGCUGUGUAACUUGAU